AUGCGCACACCGUUCAUCGUAUCUUUCUUGAUAUUGUUGCUGAUAGGCUCAGCCUCUCUAACCCUGCCAACUUCCCCUGGAGAGAAGACGAUUAUCAUAGCAAAUGAUGGCAAUGAAUUACCCGACUUGAACGGACCGAGUCCAGGAGUGGAGCUUUCCCCCGGGCCUGCCUUUCUGUGGGGACCGAAUCUGUACAAUACGAAAGUUCCAAAAUCAAGUAGUAUUCCUUCCUGGGAACAAAUGAGACCUGCAGCAUCCAGGAUCCCCGGAUUUCUUCAAGAGACCAUAUCCCUCGGCCUAAACCCGUCUGGCUCCCGCAAACGAGCGACAAGUUCAGUUCUAGUCUCAGAUAGGCCCAGAAAGAGACCGAAUAACAAGCAAGACUUGGUCCAGGUUUCUAUCGAGGCUCAAGCAAGUAAACUUCGUCAGAGUGGGACAGGGGGACUAGAGAGGCUUGAAACUUACCCUGAAGAGAGGGAACAAAUGAGACCUGCAGCAUUCAGGAUCCCCGGAUUUCUUCAAGAGACCAUAUCCCUCGGCCUAAACCCGUCCGGCUCCCGCAAACGAGCGACAAGUUCAGUUCUAGUCUCAGAUAGGCCCAAAAAGAGACCAAAUAACAAGCAAGAUUUGGUCCAGGUUGCGAUCGAGGCUCAAGCAAGCAAACUUCGCGAGAGUGGGCCAGGGGGACUAGAGAGGCUUGAAACUUACCCUGAAGAGAUAUUAGAGAGCGGUAAGCAAUUGAAAGAAGACGACAUUGGUCGGGGAAAACAAGUAACCGAACCGCUUCCGCCAAUGUUUAAAGUUUAUGACUGGGAUUUCUUGAAAGCUCGUGGUACAGAUGGAAUAAUGGGGAAUCACAAGACCGGCCUUUCUUAUCAGGAUCGUAAACUAGAGUACCUUUUUAGGACAUUUGAAUUUCAAGAGACUGAUGGUUUUUUUUGGGUUCGACCGACGCCCCGUGAACUAAGCAAUAUCAAGAAGAUCUUUAACAAGCAGCGAUACAUUUUUCGGAGAAAUUAUCGAAAUGGCCCUAAAACCAGAUUACUGAGUGAGCUUGUCUUGAACCUAUCAGAUGAAAAACUUGCACUGGAUCGAUACCCAACUUUCAUCGAUGACAUGCUUGAUUUCGAGCGCAGAAUGAAAGCCAGACUAAACAACAUUCACAACGGAGCCAGUGUUACCAGCGACAUAGCACCACUUCCCAGGAAGGUAGCAGCCGUUUCGAAAUAUGUAUCCAACAUGACCAAAAUCGUCACAUUCUUAACGAUCUUUCACUUGUCGUUAUUCAAACAACAUGUUGGAGAAAAAUUAACUCAAAAGGCAGUCGAAGAGAUCUUAGUUUUCGUCCGAGAUUUCUGGUUACAACUCGAAUUGCCAAACAGAGACUUACUUGGGGAAAAUCCAUGGGUCACUCAGAUUUCUCAAAUGCUGCGACUUGAAGAUGAGCCUGCCACUGAUUACGGCGAAAGAUAUCGGACUGAAUUAUGGUACCAUAAAGCCUGGAAAAUUGUCCAAUAUUGGGCAGAACAAAACAAGAAACCUUUGAUUUCAAAGGAUGGUCCGGAAUCCUUCCCGGUUGAAUUGGUGAACAAUAUGCUCAUGUUGUCAAAUCCUAGCUACUUUCCCUAG